GCCGGAGCCCGAGGACGCCCAGUGGCCGAAGCCGGAGCGCAGGCGGACCGGGCUGGCGACGAAGGCCCGAGCGCCCAUGUCCCUCCCGGCGCCUCUGCGCCCUGCGCGCCCGAGCUGCGUUUAGGGAAAGGGGACCGCACCCCGCCCCCGCGCCUGGGGCUGCGGGGACCCAUGAACACAAAUGACUUUAGGCGCCCACGGAAGGACCGACCGGCUAGCCUCGCAUUUAGGGACCCAGGGGUUUCUCCUCGCCUGGAUCUUGGUCUUGUUUGCCUGGCACCUGGCCUCCACCCAAGGAGCUCCUGAAGAUGUGGACGUCCUCCAACGAAUGGGGCUCAGCUGGACAAGGACAGGGGGCGGCCGGAUCCCAGCGCCCCCAGGCAUCAUCCCAUUCCCAUCGGGCUUCAUCUUCACGCAGCGGGCCCGGCUGCAGGCGCCCACGGCCGCCGUCCUUCCUGCCACCCUGGGCCCGGAGCUGGCUCUCGUGCUCAGCCUGUGCUCCCAUCGCGUGAACCAUGCUUUCCUCUUUGCUGUCCGCAGCCGGAAGCACAGGCUGCAGCUGGGUCUGCAGUUCCUCCCCGGCAAGAUGCUCCUCCACCUGGGGCCCCGGCACUCUGUGGCCUUUGACAUGGACGUGCAUGAUGGACGCUGGCAUCACCUGGCCCUGGAAUUACGUGGCCGCACGGUCACCCUGGUGACAGCCUGUGGGCAGCGCCGGGUGGCCCUCCCGCUGCCUUUCCGCAGGGAGCCCUCAUUUGAUCCCCAGGGUUCCUUCUUCUUGGGGAAGAUGAGCUCACAUGCCAUUCAGUUUGAAGGUGCCCUCUGCCAGUUCAGUAUCCACCCUGUGGCGCAGGUCACUCACAAUUACUGUGCCCGCUUGAGGGAGCAGUGCAGACAGGGGGACACGUACAGGCCCCAGCUGGGAGCCCUCUUUCCCCUGGACUCUGGCCGAACCUUUGCUUUCCAGCCAGACCUGACCCUGCUUGGCUUGGGAAACCUGACCAUGGCCACAGCAGCUCUGAGGGCCCAGCCAGGACGCACAGGGUCCAUGUUGACUGUCUCUCCUUCCAUCCCCACCAAGCUCUUGAACACAAGCGUCCCUAAAGUCCCCAAGCAUAGCAAAGCUGGGGCUUCAUUAUCUUCUGCCAAGCAGUCAGCCAGGAAAACACCUCCCCUUUUACCCUCAAACUCUCCAGCUGGCACCCCCAGAGCUCCUCAUCCUGCUGCCUCGUCACUGCAGCUCACAGCCACCGGUUCCCCCAAACAUCUUCCCACCAAGACUCCAGCCCCAUCCCCUUCAGUUGUCCCUGUAAGAAGCCCCCAUCCAACCCAGAAGACAGCGACCCCUGCAGUCACAAAGCCAGCCCCGCCCACUCAGAAGCCCCCUACCUCCCGCCCAGCUCCUUCCAAAGCCUCCCAUCCCACAGUAAGACCACCAAUCCCAAGGACUCUUGUGACGCCCCGACCUCCACCACCCAGUGUCCGGCCCCUGCUUACCGCUGCCAUCUCCUCUAAAAAGCCCCCUCCCCUCGUAGCGCAGUCUGAGCCUAAGAUGACUAGCCCAGCCAGCAAGCCAGUCUCUUAUCGGGCCAGCUCUCUCAAAGCUCCCCGGCCCACUGUUCUGUCCCCACCUCCUGCUUCCAGUACUGGCCCUACCAGAGCCACUCGUCCGCUACCUGGUGUCGUGCCUCCAGCCUCGGGCAUGGGAACUCCCAGGACAGCACCUGCGGCCCGCACCCCUGGCUCAGCCCUAACUGGAAGCAAGAAAUCCACUGGCCUGGAAGAGUCCAAGAAAGCUGGAUUCAAAAGCAGUCCCCGGACGCCUGUGCCCCUCAGUCCUGGGAAGAUAGACAGAGAUGCCCCACCCAGUGACCUGGUGACUAGGCCCAGUCCACUGACCACCUCUGCCCUGAUUCUGGCCCCGGCCCACAUCCUGUCCUCUAGCCCUCGGCCCAGCAGCAGUGCUUACCCCUUCCUCCACCUGCAAGGACCCACACCUUUCUCCUCACUGCUGGUGGGGCCUCCAGGGCCCAAGGGAGAUUGUGGCUCACCGGGGCCCCCUGGGCUGCCAGGGCUCCCUGGACCUCCUGGUGCACGAGGGCCUCGGGGUCCUCCGGGGCCAUAUGGGAACCCAGGUCUGCCUGGCCUUCCUGGAGCCAAAGGACAGAAAGGGGACCCAGGGCUCUCACCGGGGCAGGCCCACGAUGGAACAAAGGGCGACAUGGGCUUGCCUGGGCUCUCCGGGAAUCCAGGACCCCUGGGACGGAAGGGACACAAAGGCCAUCCUGGACCGGCAGGACACCCCGGAGAACAGGGGCAGCCAGGACCCAAGGGCAGCCCAGGGGCCAAAGGUUACCCUGGCAGGCAGGGCUUUCCUGGACCAGUAGGAGAUCCUGGCCCCAAAGGCAGCCGGGGCUACAUUGGUCUCCCCGGGCUCUUUGGCCUGCCAGGGUCGGAUGGAGAGCGGGGUCUGCCCGGCGUUCCUGGCAAGAGGGGCGAGAUGGGUAGGCCGGGCUUCCCUGGAGACUUUGGGGAACGAGGCCCCCCUGGACUGGAUGGAAACCCUGGAGAACUGGGUCUUCCAGGGCCGCCAGGAGUCCCCGGUCUCAUUGGUGACAUGGGAGCAUUGGGUCCGAUUGGCUACCCAGGACCCAAGGGCAUGAAGGGACUGAUGGGCGGCAUGGGGGAGCCCGGACUGAAAGGUGAUAAGGGUGAACAAGGGGUGCCAGGCGUGUCGGGAGAUCCCGGCUUCCAAGGAGACAAGGGCAGCCAGGGCUCGCCAGGGCUUCCAGGUGCCCGGGGAAAGCCAGGACCUCUGGGCAGAGUUGGAGACAAAGGCUCUCUUGGAUUUCCUGGCCCUCCUGGCCCCGAGGGAUUCCCGGGAGACAUCGGACCCCCUGGGGAUAAUGGCCCCGAAGGCAUGAAGGGUAAGCCUGGAGCCAGAGGUCUGCCGGGACCACCUGGGCACCUGGGGCCUGAGGGAGAUGAAGGGCCUAUGGGGCCACCAGGGGUCCCUGGCUUAGAGGGUCAGCCUGGCAGGAAGGGGUUUCCUGGGAAGCCCGGCCCAGAUGGCUUGAAGGGGGAACCAGGGGAUCCUGGACGUCCAGGGCCCGUGGGUGAGCAGGGGCUUCCGGGGUUCGUUGGCUUGGUUGGAGAGCCGGGAAUCGUGGGUGAAAAGGGUGACCGUGGCGUGAUGGGACCCCCAGGUGCACCUGGACCCAAGGGGUCGAUGGGUCAUCCUGGAACAUCGGGUGGUAUUGGGACCCCUGGAGAGCCUGGACCCCCGGGCCCUCCAGGAUCUCGAGGAGCUCCAGGCAUGAGAGGAGCCAAGGGACGCCGGGGGCCCCGAGGACCAGAUGGACCAGUUGGGGAGCAGGGAUCCAAGGGCUUAAAGGGCCCUGCGGGACCUCGGGGCAGACCCGGCCAGCCUGGACAGCAGGGUAUGGCUGGAGAACGAGGCCACUCAGGCACACGAGGCUUCCCUGGCAUCCCAGGUCCAUCAGGCCCACCAGGUGCCAAGGGCCUCCCAGGAGAACCAGGCUCUCAGGGACCUCAAGGGCCAGCUGGUGCUCUAGGAGAGAUGGGACCCAAGGGACCUCCUGGUGCAGUGGGAGAACCAGGCCUUCCUGGGGACUCUGGGAUGAAGGGUGACCUUGGGCCUCUGGGUGCUCCUGGCGAGCAGGGCCUCAUUGGGCAGCGGGGAGAGCCAGGCCUUGAGGGGGACCUUGGCCCCACAGGACCCAACGGGCUGAAGGGGGACAGGGGUGACCCAGGGCCUGACGGUGAGCAUGGUGAGAAAGGCCAGGAGGGGCUGAAGGGCGAAGACGGGCCUCCGGGGCCCCCGGGCAUCACUGGCAUCCGGGGUCCUGAAGGAAAACCUGGCAAACAGGGCGAGAGGGGCCGGACAGGAGCUAAGGGUGCCAAGGGCUACCAAGGGCAUCUGGGAGAGAUGGGUAUUCCUGGAGAUCCUGGACCCCCUGGUACCCCAGGCCCUAAAGGGUCGCGGGGCAGCCUGGGACCAACGGGUGCUCCAGGGCGAAUGGGGGUCCAAGGAGAACCAGGGCUGGCUGGUUACAAUGGACACAAAGGCAUUGCGGGACCCCUGGGGCCUCCUGGGCCCAAAGGCGAGAAGGGGGAACAAGGCGAGGAUGGCAAGGCUGAGGGGCCCCCAGGGCCACCUGGAGAUCGGGGUCCUGUAGGGGAUCGAGGAGAUCGCGGGGAGCCUGGGGACCCUGGAUACCCUGGUCAAGAGGGAAUUCAAGGCCUUCGAGGAAAGCCAGGCCAGCAGGGCCAGCCUGGGCAUCCGGGACCCCGAGGGCGGCCGGGACCCAAAGGAUCCAAAGGCGAAGAGGGUCCAAAGGGAAAGCCAGGCAAGGCCGGGGCAACAGGCCGGAGGGGGACUCAGGGGCUGCAGGGACUGCCAGGGCCCCGGGGUGUGGUGGGGAGACAGGGUCCAGAGGGCGUUGCUGGACCUGAUGGUCUUCCUGGCAGAGAUGGCCGGACAGGACAGCCGGGAGAGCAGGGAGAUGAUGGGGACCCUGGCCCCAUAGGCCCUGCUGGGAGAAGAGGAAAUCCGGGUGUAGCUGGCUUGCCUGGAGCACAGGGCCCCCCAGGAUUCAAGGGUGAAACUGGAUUACCAGGGCAACUGGGUCCCCCUGGCAAGCGAGGAACAGAAGGUGGAACGGGGUUCCCUGGAAAUCAGGGGGACCCUGGAUCCAAAGGCCAGCCGGGCGACUCUGGUGACAUGGGCUUCCCUGGAGUGGCUGGCCUCUUUGGACCCAAGGGUCCCCCUGGUGACAUUGGCUUCAAAGGCAUCCAGGGACCUCGGGGGCCUCCUGGUUUGAUGGGAAAGGAAGGCAUCAUUGGGCCCCUCGGGAUGCUGGGACCUUCAGGACGCCCGGGUCCGAAGGGUGACAGAGGCAGCCGAGGAGACUGGGGGCUUCAAGGUCCGAGGGGUCCUCCAGGCCCAAGGGGGCAGCCUGGUCCACCGGGUCCUCCUGGGCAUCCUAUCCACUUUCAGCAAGAUGACCUUGGGGCAGCUUUCCAGACAUGGAUAGACGUUCAUGGAGCGCUCAAGCCAGAGGGAUACAGCUAUCCAGACCAGCUGGUGCUGGACCAGGGAGGGGAGAUCUUCAAAACCUUACACUACCUCAGCAACCUCAUCCAGAGCAUUAAGACGCCCCUGGGCACAAAGGAGAACCCAGCCCGCGUCUGCCGGGACCUCAUGGACUGUGAGCAGAGGAUGGUGGAUGGCACAUACUGGGUAGACCCAAACCUUGGCUGCUCCUCUGACACCAUCGAAGUCUCCUGCAACUUCACACAUGGCGGGCAGACGUGUCUGAAGCCCAUCACAACCUCCAAGGUGGAGUUUGCAGUUAGCCGUGUCCAGAUGAACUUCCUGCAUCUGCUCAGCUCCGAGGUGACUCAGCACAUCACCAUCCAUUGCCUGAACCUGACUGUGUGGCAGGAGGGCCCAGGGCUCACUCGGGCCAGGCAUGCUGUGCGCUUCCGGGCUUGGAAUGGGCAGAUCUUCGAAGCUGGGGGCCAGUUUAGGCCAGAGGUGUCUAUGGAUGGCUGCAAGGUCCAUGAUGGCCGCUGGCAUCAGACACACUUCACCUUCCGGACCCAGGACCCACAGCAGCUGCCCAUCGUCAGUGUGGACAACCUCCCUCCUGCCUCAUCAGGGAAGCGAUACCGCCUUGAGGUUGGGCCCGCGUGCUUCCUCUGACCUCUGACGUCCAGGCUCCUCUGGGCCUCAUGGACGAGGAAAGUGGAAGGGGCAGCUAGAGUCAGGAGAGGAACCCUUCGCCCUAGGACCCUUGGGCGGGCCCCAACUGUUGUCUGCUCAGCAGGAGUGGGUUGGGCAGGAGCAAGACUCAGGCUGUCCUUGGGAACCACCCAUCCCAACUUAACCCCAGAGACCAACCAAAGAGUCAAUCAGAGGAAGCCGGGUCUGCAACCCACCCCGCCUGUGGCCUGUCACCCAGCUCUGUGGCCACUCUCUCCUUCCCGGCUUCUUACCCAAAGAGCCCCCCCAGCAACACCAUCUUAAGGGAAGGGGACAUAUUUUGUCAGUGGUCCCUGCCAGGGAGCUUUUGAUGUGCAAUAAUACAAAGGAGACAUGAAAAAAAAGGAGAAAAGGAAAGAAAUUUAUAUAUUAUUAUUAUUAUUAUUAUUUAAGCAAAGAGAAGGUGUGUUACUGUUUUCUCACCUGAGAGAGGCAAGAGGAAGAACAGGACAGCGGGGUGGGGAAGGCAGACCCGUCUGGGUGGCCUGUGCUACCUCCCACUGUGAAGUCGCUGGUGCUCACAAUUGUCUCUUGGUGUAUGUGAUUUUUUUUUAAGGAAAAAAAAAAAACCCUUAUUUAAGAUUCUAAAGGUGCUACUAUUUUUUGCCACAAACUUUGAAGAAACUUUUUGAGCGGGGCCUCAUCCACAUCAUUCUUUCCUCCAAAUGACAAAGUUUGGGGAAUUUUUAAGUUGUCCUUGCAUCAUCCUUGUAAUUGGCUGAGGAGGAAACAAAGUAAAGGAAAAAAAAGCAGCAUAAACAAACCAAAAAUCCUACCAGAAACCAGAAGUAGAGAGAUUUCCUAUUAACCUAUGGACUUAGAAGUGCCUGUCCUUCUACCAAGCACGUUGACUUGGCCUUUUAUAGUUCCGGGAGGGCAUGCCCUAGAGAAGCUCUGGCCAAAGGCCUGACCUUUGAGAAUCCAUUCCAACAGAGGCUGUCUGGGGUGGCCUUGGAGGAGGGACUUAAACCAGGACCCCCUCUGAAGCCUGGAGACAUCCCUCCACAGGAGGAACCCACCCUCCUUUCUCAUGACCAAGCAGUCCUGUAGAAAUCCACUGUCCUUCACCCUGAGCAUCCAUUUCACCAAUUUGGAUGGAGGAGAAAGUGUUAAUUGUGGGUAUCUUGGCAUUCCAUGUGACAGAGACAUUCAGUAUACUCUGAAUCCUAUCUGAUCAGUGAACAAGUCAGGACCCCAAUUGGAUUUUGAAGUUAUUUUAACUAUGGAAUUAUUUUUAUAGAAGGAAAAUUUAUGUGAAAGUCUAUUUGUGUAUUUCUAAAGUUGUGUCUCGCCGUGAAUUGGAUUUGCUUUUCAUUAUUUAAUACCUCACUGUGGUCCUCCCCCACACCACCUGUGCUCCCCCUCCCGCCCCCUCCUCCCCACCCGCUAGCCUGGGCGCACCCCAGGGAAGUGCCUUUUGUCUCAGCCUGGUCUCCACCUCAGCGCCCUUUCUUGUUUGCCCCUCUGCGUCUCCAUCCAGCCUUCCCCUUGUCACUUGGUGUAGUCACUGUCCUUGUUUUGUUUAUGUUCGAAUGUCAGAGUGUUCAAACCCCAGUGGGUUCUGUUUCUCCUUUUCCCUUCUGGACUUUAAAUAAAUAUUUAAAACUGAGGCAAUGGAA